AUGAAGACCAUCACGCUCACUUUUGUCCUCCUCGCCGCCAUCCUCGCACGAGCCGCUCCAGUGCUCAGGCGCUGCGAGUCCGGAAGCUUCGACAUCUGCGCGCGUGAAGCCGACACCCAAGCUGGCCCAUACGCGAAACGAAGUCUCUUUGCGCGCCAAUUCGACGACUUCGGCUUCGGCGACAUUUUCGACGGCGGGUUCGACUUCGGGUUCGGCAGCUCAGAUUUCGGCUCGGAUAGUGCAGACACGGCAGACACUGAAGAUCCUUCGAGGCAGUCCGAUUCCAACGACACGGAGGAAGACGAGACUCCAAGCAGCAAUGGCACUGUCGGUGCAUCUGCCGACGAUGGCGUAGACGCAAGCGACGACCCGGCUGACGCUGGAGACGUGCUCUCGACUGCAGACACAGCAGGAGCGGCGACGGCCGAUUCCAGCGACACAGAUAACACAUCUACAAGCUCAGCCAACGCCGCAGCGCUAACAGGCAAUACCUGCGCCGCCUCUUCCACACCUCCCAACGCUGUCACCCUCUCCCUCAUCAAGGAAUUCGAAGGCUUUGAGCCAGCACCCGCCCCAGACCCCAUCGGCCUUCCCACAGUCGGCUUCGGACACAAAUGCCAACAGAGUGGCUGCGCGGAAGUGCCCUUCUCCUUCCCCCUCUCUCAAAGCACCGCGACCUCCCUCCUGGCAUCCGACGCACAGACCUUCGUCGACUGCCUGCACGCCGCCCUCGGCGACAACGUGAUGCUGAACGAUAACCAAUUCGGGGCAUUGACAGCGUUUGCGUUCAAUGUGGGGUGCGGGGCGGUGAGGAAAUCGACAUUGUUGAGGAGGUUGAAUGCAGGCGAGGGUGCGGACACAGUUGCGAGCCAGGAGCUGCCGAAGUUUAAUAAGGCGGGCGGGAAGGUUCUAGCUGGGUUGACGAGGAGGAGGGCGGCGGAGGUUGCGCUAUUCCAGACGCCGUCAAGUACGGUGGCACAUCCUCUGUGCUAG